GGGUGUUUAUAUCCCCAUCCCCAUCAUUAUUACCCCUUUAGGGAUGGAGUUUGGAAGGCGUCUGAUAGAACAGUUCAUAGGAAUUCUACUAACGCCAAACAGCCCUCACUAGCCCCCAGAGGGAUAUUAACCGCAGUGCGGAUGACCGUCGCUUACACAUUGCCCACACGAAUCUGGAAUACGCGUCCUCCAUGGCACCUCCUCCGUGGCAGUAUUCUUACCGGUGCUGCAAUACUCAAGAAUGGACUCGAGGUGCCGGCACAGAUCCCUCGGCGGCCCUGCGGCCAAAGUCAUCGCGAACUUCGCUCUCGCCAGAAUACGGGUAACAGAAAAGAAUUCUUUAAAUAGUCUAUAGGCUCGAACCUCCCGCCUUUGGCCUUACUUGCAAGUCCCCUGACCAGAAAGCUUAUAAUAAGUGGACGACAUCUGCCAGAGGGGCACCUUCGUAUACCCAAUUUUUCGAUAGGGCGUAUGGGUUCACCGAUAACCAAAAACAUCCCUUAUCCACUUCGAUCUAGACUAUGGGCUUUAUAUUAGGAUAUCCGGAACCCUGUUCGAGCAUGCUAUAUUAGCCACUCAAUUAUCCGAAACUCACAAACCUUAACCUUACAGGCGGCAAAAGCUACGCUAUCCUACUGCUCGUACUGUACGAGUACAUACCACCUACCAUACUAUGACACCCCUCCCAUUCCUCCUGUCCCUGUCACGAAACCCGUACUCAUGCAACAAGCCCAGUGCGCUACCACUGCCACUGCUACCCACAACCCACCCUUCCUUCUCCCUCCGCUAGUGCUCCGAACGAUGGCAUUCACAAGUCAGCUAGCCAUCUCUCCCAACAUUCUGCGCACCCACGCGCAAACCAUACACACAAGAAGCGAUGCACAAACUCGUUCCAUUGAUUUUGGCGCACUGCUCAAACCCCCGGCAGCAGCCAUGGAGGAUCUGCUCCGGGGGUAGAUCCAGCUCUGCGAAGAGUCUCGGACUGUCGAUGUCUGCCAAUUGGCUUCUCAUUUUGGUGGCUGAAGGGGCGAGGUGGUGGCGGCGAGAGAUAGUAUGUUUGGCUUGGGAUAGCCGGAGGGUUGUGGAAGAGGGGGCGAGGAUUGGGGGUUUUUGGCAGGCUUCCUCUCUUUACUUUUCUGAUGAGGUUUAUUCGGAGAGGGAUGGAGGAUGGAAGAACUGAUAAGGGGGGUGGAUAGCUGGGGUGUUAUGGUUUUUUUUUUGAGGGUGACAUGACAGAUGCGUAGUGCAUACGUGUGUUGAGCUGCUAAUAGGCUUCGCGCUUAUUAGAUUUUGCAGUGGAUGGUGAGUUGAGCGGGGAGAUGCUGGAUUUAAAGACCCUUCUUGGGGG